GCGAACCCGUCGGCAGUUAGGGGUGGCAUCGGAGCGAGGAACGCACGACCAAUUGCCCGUGGCUGGCACAAUAUCUAUAAGAAGCAGCGUUCCAUGCAAAUACAACGUUGUCGUCAAAAUAUACUUUUAGAUCUCAGCCUUUGUUUGCCAAGUUUGGCAUAUUGAAGGUCAGCUCCGCCCAAGCAUCAAAACGCAAUUGUCAAGAAUGUCGGAUAAGCCUGACGACGUCAUUUGCGAGGGCGGUGUGUGCCGUCGGUUGACGCCAGAGGAGGUUGCGGCCAGCAAGGCCGCGGCAUCCGCUGACAAUGGGUCAGCGGAGAACCUGCCCGCGGUCUUCCAGCAUUUGGGCAGCGCCCUUUUGGGUCAGGACGGCAAGAACGUCCCUGUGUCCAGCAUCAUUGGUCCCAACAAGGUCAUUGCGCUUUACUUCUCCGCCCAUUGGUGCCCCCCCUGCCGCGGCUUCACGCCCGUCCUCGCGGAGACCUACCGCUCCUUCAAGGCCAAGCACGCGCGCGCCGCCGACUGGGAGGUGGUGUUUGUGAGCAGCGACCGCGACGAGGCGUCCUUCAAGGAGUACUUUGGCGAGAUGCCCUGGCUGGCGCUGCCCUUCGAGCGGCGGGAUGCCAAGGCGGAGCUCUCCAGGCUUUUCAAGGUUCGCGGCAUCCCCACCCUGGUCCUGCUGGAUGCAGCCAGCGGUGAGCUCAUCACCGCCAACGGCCGCGAUGCCGUCGGGGACGACCCCGAGUGCGAGAACUUUCCCUGGAAGCCCCGGACCUUCGAGCAGAUCAUGGAAGGCGCCAUGCUGGUGGACCCCCCCUCCUCCGAGGCCGGCGCCCCCGCCCCCACUCCCACCCCCGCCCUGGAUCGCCUGCGCGGCAAGUACACGCUGCUCUACUUCUCCGCCUCCUGGUGCCCCCCCUGCCGCCGCUUCACGCCCAUGCUGGUGGAGGCGCUCAAGGCGCUGCGGGAGGGGCUGGCGGCGGGGAAGCUGGAGGGCGCGGCGGGGGCGGCGGGCGUGGAGGCGGUGUUUGUGAGCGGCGACCGCAAGGAGGAGGACAUGUGCGGCUACCACUCGCACAUGACGUGGCCGGCGCUGCCGUUUGAGGACCGGAAGAGGGCGGCGGAGCUCAACAUGCUGUUUGAGGUUGAGGGCAUCCCCACCCUGGUCGUCCUCGACCCAGACUUCAAGGUAACCACCAUGGAGGGCACCGGCGCCGUCAGCACCGACCCGGCGGGUCGGCGCUUCCCCUGGCGCCCGCAGCCGCUGGAGCAGCUGACCCCCAGCACCGCCUCCCGCAUCAACGACGGCCCGCUGAUGCUGCUGCUGGUGGGAGAGGAGCUGAAGGAGCAGGCGGAGGCGGAGGCAUUUGCGGAGGCCACACUGAAGAGCGUUGCGGUGGCGACCAAGGCGGCGCCGGGUGGGGAUGCAUGGUCGUUCCUGUGGGCUCAGAAGAAGGACGACCUUGCGUUGCGUGUGUUGAUGUUUGCGGGGAUGGUGGAGGAGCCGGCGGAGGAGGAGGGGGAGGUGAAGCUGCCGGAGGGGCACUUGGCGGUGUUGCUGGAUGUGCCGGGCGCGCAGUCGACGUGGGAUUUGGGGGCCAAGGGAGUGGAGAUCAGUGCGGCAGGGCUGGGGGCGGUGGUGGAGGAUUACAAGGCGGGGCGGCUGGGGCCUGGCAGGAAGCUAGGCGGGGACGAUGAUGAUAGCGACGAGGAGUGAGGGAGGGGGUGGCGUGGCGCGGUGGGGGGGUGGGGGCUUGGAGGAGAGAGGCGGCGAAUCUACCGUUGCUGCUGCUGCCUGGAAGCUACCCAGUGGCAGGAGGCUGGAAGACAAGGGAAGGAGGAGGCAGGGGGAAAGAGGACGCGAGAGGUUGUUUAACUGAGGAGAUUAACACGUAACAUGUGACGUGACGUGUUCAUCGUGAUGUGUUUCGCUUUCCUGGAGUGUUACUUGAUGUGCCUUGCUUACGCUGCGGUGUGGUGCUUUGCAUCUCUUGAGGAAGGGGGACGCUUCCGGAUGAAGCUGAGGAGACCCACGAGACAUGGAUUGUGCCUGGCGCUUGGAUUCUGGGAUUGUACAUAAGCCGAUUUGAGGUGGUCUUUUUGCGUGUUAGCGUGUUUACACCACCCUAUCAAUGAAAUGGGGCGCAAUGUACGCAUGGCCCGAACACGAGUUGAUGUUGCUGCUGCUGCUGCUGUUUUUGAUUUCUUUGUUGCUGUUGGUGGUGCAGGGGGGCGUGAAUUGGCAUAUGCUGAAUUGCUAGUACGGCGAUGGCCGUGCGGUGUGAUUAGGGGCAGGAGGGAAAUAAUUUGAAUAAACGAAUGGACGUGUGUGGCACAUGAAUGGAAGCUGCAUGUUGCUGCUGCGCAUGAUUCUCGCAUUGUCUGGAGGUCUGAGAUAGACCGCACCGUCGUCUGUGUUGCUGGUCGGAAGGUGUCCAGCUCCGGCGAGCCGGCCAUGUAACAACUGCGGCAGGCUGGAAGGCGGAGAAUGUGCCGCCGGGAUGGAUAGUGGUGGGCAUGUAAGCCGAGGCUGAGCUCGCGGAAACGUGCGCACUUGAUGCGUGCGGGGUGGCACAACGGUGGAUUCAUUAC